AUGGGCGCCGGUGCCUUUCUCGAGCCACUGGUCGUGGUAACCCUUCUCUUCGGAGGAGCCUACUUCAAUCGCAACAAGGACUACAGCUUCAAGGACGGCAAGACCGCCACUGCUGGCUGGGGGCCCGACACGACCCAUCACAAGAAGCACGAUGACCUCCAUCCCAGCCGCAGCGGCUCGCCAGAGGGCUGGAGCUCGAGCUCCUCGCCUUCCCUCCUCGCCCACGAGGUCUCGAGCCACAGACGCCGCCGUGUCAAGGCCUUUGGCUACGAGAAGUUCGUCACCACCCCCAAUACGUUGGUCUUCAAGGAUCGCCUCCUGAGCCGCGUGCUCCAAAAGUUCCCCUUCCUGGCCGAGUGCUGGUACUGGGCCCUCCUCUACUGGGUCUACCAGGUCGGCCGCGCCUUUACCGCCCUCACCCUCGUCGAGGGCACCGUCGACGUCGCGCGCCGGCACGCGCUGCAGCUCAUCCACCUCGAGCAGAGCCUGCACAUCUUCUGGGAGGUUGGCUUCCAGCAGUGGUUCCUCGAGCACCCGACCUUGCUGCACUGGAUCAACCGCACCUACUCCUUCAUCCACAUCCCGGGAACCAUCUUUUUCCUCGUCAUCCUCUACUACCUCACUACCACCCGCAAGCGCCGUGUCAUGUCCGGCCGCGUCAGCUCUGACAACGUGUCCGCUGGCCCUGCCUUGUACGAGGCCCGCCGCCGCACCAUGGCCAUGUGCAAUCUGAUUGCCUUUGUCAUCUUCACCCUGUGGCCCUGCAUGCCUCCCCGUCUCCUGAGCGACCCCAACUACAAGGGCGAGGACGCAGAGGAGGCCAAGAGCUUUGGCUUCGUGGACACCGUCCACAGCAAGACAGGCGAGAGCACUGCCAUGCCCUCGCUGCACUUUGGCUACUCGCUCCUCAUCGGUCUCACCGUGGCCACCUUGCCCAUCAACGGACUUCGUCCCGCUUCCUGGAAGCGCAUCGCCAUUGUCAUCGGUGGCAUGUGCUACCCUGCGCUCAUCCUGACCGCCAUUGUCGCCACGGCCAACCACUUCAUCCUCGAUGCCGUCGCUGGCGCCAUUGUCUGCGCCAUUGCCUGGAACACCAACGACCUGCUCCUCAACCUCUGCGUCCUCGAGGACUACUUCCUCUGGGUGCUCCGCAUGCACAAGCCCGUCAACUACACCGACCCCGAGACGGCGGUGGAUCCCGAUGUGCAGAGCUCGCUGCUGCUGGGCGAGGAGGCCGCCUAA